ACGACUCGGAUAAAAGACUCUUGUUUGUGAAAGAAGAUGGAGGACAAAUUAGGGAUGCUCUGCUUGUCCCUCUUCAUCUCGUCCUGCCUGGCGGUCUCCACGGUAACCCUCUCCACGGAGCGCCGCAAUGCUGAGACUCAAAAGGGCGCCUCGAACCCUAAACUGAGCUCCACGCUGUUCCUGCUCACUGGUCAAAAGCCCCCCCUCCUCCCCCCACCCGCCGGGCCAAAGGUCGCUCCUAAAAAGGCCGAGGUGGAGGACGGAGACGAGCCGGUCAUGGCCGAGCUGCCUCCGAAGCCCCUCCCACAGACCAUGCUCCCCAGGAACAUGACUGCUGCCGACGCCCUCAAGCCGCCACUAGGGGCCGCUCAAGUCGCCCCGCCCCCAAGACAGCUGGUGGAUGUGGAUAUGUGCAGGGGUUACUUUGAUGUGAUGGGGCACUUUGACAGCACCUUUAAUUGCUCUCGGGGCAGUUACAUUUACUGCUGUGGCACAUGUCACUACCGCUUCUGCUGUGAGCACCAGAGGGACCGACUCGACCAGGACUCCUGUAACAACUACAACUCCCCCGUGUGGAUCGAACAGCAAGGUGCAGCUACGCAGGCCGCGGGUCAGAAUCCCGACCCAGACUUUGAGACGCUCCAGCAGCAGAGCUCCAGCACGGCGUAUGUGAUUGGAGGAGUGAUCUCGUUCACGCUGGUGGUGGCCGUGGGAGUGAGGAUCGCCUUCAGUAAAGUCGCUCGAAGACCCAGAAACAGGGACAUCAACAUGCCCAGGUCCCUGGUGGACAUCUUGCGUCACCAGUCGAGCCCGGUGCAGCAGGGAGAGAGGAACAACACCACCAUCCUGGGCAGUACUGCUUCAGACGGACGCACCUCCAAGAACAUCUACACCCCCGUGCUACAGAGCAAGGACAACCGCACUGGGACUUUGCCUCACCCUUUUAACCAGCAGGGGGCGUCCUCCAGCCCCAAACACACAGCCACCAUCGAGCGUGGCCCGCGGAUGAACAACUCGUCCCAGCUCCCCUCCGUUCCGGGAAUGUUAUCGGGCAGCAUAAAGGGUCCGGGCCCCAGCGGCAUCAUGGGAACAGGAAGUAUGCGACACAACAGCGGUCACCCCUCCUUCUCUCACUCCUUCCACAACCUGGCCCAACUCCCCCCAUCGUACGAGGCCGCCAUGAAGCCCGAGAUCAGCCGCUACAGCUCCCUCAAGAGGCUGGAGAAAGAGUUUGAUGAGUACCCUGGGUACUACACGUCCAAACGCCGCUCAAACAACGCUCCUCCCUCGUUCCACUCAUCACAGCACCACCUGCCCUGGGGUGGAGACUACACCCUGGGCUCCCGGGGCACCCUGCCUCUGCACGGCUCCAGGCCACGCCUCCACAUCCCCACGUCCACCCCAAACCCCUACCCCCUUCCUGCACAGACCCAGUACACCAGCUCCACCUUCGACCGGCCGCCCCGACGUGUGCGCUCCCAGGACCAGCUGCUCGCUCUGGGGGAGGGCAACACGCUGUCCCGCCUCUCCAAGAACCAGCAGCACCAGUACUACAAAGCCAUGAUGAGCACCAGCCGCAGCUCCAACUCACAAACACUGCGCAGGUCCCAUGAGAGGCUCCUGGUGUCUCCGGACUGCCUGGAGGACCGCAUCAUGUCCAUGGGGGUGAUGGGGGCGGAGCGUUCGGGGAUGGUGCCCACUAUGGGGCGUUUGUCUCACCAUCAGAAGGCCCAGUCUCAGCAGAACAUCUGUGUGACUCCGUCCUUGGACCGGCACCACAUGAUCAAGAUGAACUCCCACCCCACGUCGGGCCAUGAGCACGAGCGGGGGUCCAGCGCGCCCUCGCACUGGGACCCCUACAGCGGCACAGGGGGGCACCCCAACGCCCGCCGCAUGGCCUUCGCCAACAAGAGGCAGAAUACCAUCGAGCAGCUGCACUUCAUCCCAGGGGGAGGAGGGGGGCAGGGGCUGCGGACUGGCAGUAAGAACGAGGUCACUGUGUGA